AUGUCAAUACCAAUUUAUCGUCCAUUUAAAGAUGGUCCAUUUCAAAUGACAAUGAGGCUUCAAUUAUUAGAUAUUCAUGAAUGGAUACAAAUUGAUUCAAAUUAUCGGCAAUACAUUCACCUUAAACAAGAAUUAUUAAAUAGUACUCGUCGAAAUGAUUUAUUUAUAUAUAAAGAUGAAACAUACGAUGCGUCAAUUGAAGUUUUAAAAAUGUUAAUUGAAUAUCUUCCAUAUCACUAUCCAAAUAUGUUUCAACGUAAUCAUUCGAAGACAAAAAUUAUAAAUCUGAUUACUCAACAAACAUUUGAUUUAACAGAUUCUGAUCAUAUUCAUCCAUUAGAAAUAGCUGCACUUCUUAUUCAAGAGGAUCUUGUUAUUAUGCAACGACAUCCAAAUAAAGAAAUAUAUCAUGCAAAUGCAUUAGCAGUUUGUUUUCCAUCUGGAUGGUUACCUAAAUCGAAAUUUGGUUUACCAUUAGCAUCAAUUCAUGUCCCACAUGUACCAUUUUUUCAAGAGAAAUUACGAACGUCAAUGGAUAGAUAUUUUCUUAAAUUGAAAGAAGAUAGUCCUGUACAGCGUUUAAAUUGGACUUUACAAAUUGGUAAUAAUCUCUGUGAAACUCAAAUAGAAUAUAAUUCAAAUGAAUUAAUUACAAAAGAUAAUGCAGGACAAUUAAUGUAUCUUCGUGUUGAACGGCAAACAUUAAGACGUUUACCAAAAUCAGAUACAAUUUUAUUUACAAUUAAAACGUAUACGACAAAAAUUGAAGAUGUAUGUCGAAAUGACCCAGCGAUGGCUAAAAAGUUAGCUGGUGCUGUUAGAAACUGGCCACCGGAAAUGAUUAAAUAUAAAGUAAGAAAAAUAAUUUUUUUUUCAAACUAG